AUGGCUCCUUCAGCCGUCACGCCUCCCGCUGCUCCUUCUACGAAAACCCUCCAACAAAACGUUGAGCACAAUUCUGGCGACCCCUCAUUGGCAUUCAUUCACGAUGAGACUACCGCGCCGCCAACCUUCACGGACAAGUUCGAAGAGCGCGCAUAUCUCAAGCACCGCCUCGCCCUCGCGUUCCGUAUUUUCGCACAGUUUGGAUUCGCGGAAGGCGUAGCCGGUCACAUUACAGUCAGAGACCCAGUGGACCCCAGCAGCUUCUGGGUCAACCCAUUUGGGAUGCACUUCAGUAUGAUCAGGGAUGAGGAUUUGAUUAGAGUGGAUCAUGAAGGCAAAGUGGUUGAUGGUGGGAAGAAUCGGAGGUUGAACUACGCUGCCUACGCAAUCCACGCUCAAAUCCACGCUGCCCGCCCAGACGUUCUCUGUGCCGCUCACUCCCACACAACCUACGGCCGCGCCAUGUGCGCCACCGGCAAAACCCUGCAGCCCCUCACCCAGGACUCGUGCGUCUUUUACAACGACCACGUCCUCUAUUCUAACUUCGCUGGUGUUGUUCUGGUCUCUGAGGAAGGCAAGCAUAUCGCCGCCUGCCUGGGCAACAAGAAGGCUGCUUUGCUGGGAAACCAUGGGCUGCUGACGGUUGCGCCGAGCGUGGAGGCCUGCGUGGCGUGGUUCGUGUUGCUAGAAAGCUGUUGCGAGGUGCAACUUCUGGCAGAUGCGAGUGUCGGCGGACGGAGGGAGGAGCUGGUAGAGAUAGGGGAGAAUGAGGCGACUAGUACGUGGGAGGCGCUGGGGAAGGCCAGUGGGGGGUAUUUUAUGGGGUUGCCGUUGUUCCAGGUGGCGGAGAAGGAGUUUGGGGAGCGCACGUUCUUGGGAAGGGGGCUGGAACCUUUGUAA